AUGGUAUUUCAGGCUCCAAUUGAACGCAAAAAUAUUGAUCUCACACCGCUGAAAAAAGCUAAUGUUCCAAUCUUUUUUAUCGUUGGUGGCCCUGGAUCUGGCAAAGGAACGCAAUGUGAUAAGAUUGUAGCAAAAUAUGGCUUAACACAUCUCAGCUCAGGUGAUUUGCUACGUGCUGAGGUAAAAUCGGGAUCGCCACGUGGAACAGAGCUCAAUAAAAUGAUGCAAAAUGGAGAACUUGUUCCUCUGGAGAUAGUGUUAGAUUUGGUUAAAGAAGCAAUGGUUCAAGCGGUGGCAAAAGGUUCGAAAGGUUUCUUAAUUGAUGGUUAUCCACGAGAAAUAAAGCAAGGAGAACAAUUCGAAAAGGAAAUUCAGCCAGCUGAAUUGGUUCUGUUCUUUGAUGUCAGCGAAGAUACCUUGGUCAAACGUUGCUUGCAUAGAGCGGAAACAAGCGGACGUGUAGAUGAUAACAUCGAUACGAUUAAGAAGCGACUUCAUACCUACAUAACUGCAACUGCUCCGGUUGUCGAUUAUUAUGAAAAGCAAAAAAAGUUGGUAAAGAUUCCAUCUGAGGGUACAGUGGAUGAAAUUUUCAAAGUUGUUCAACAACAUCUCGAUAAGGCUAUAAAUAAAGCUUAA